AUGUUGAACUGUGCAAAGCCAAGCUUUUGUCUUCAAGAACUUGCAUGGCUUUCUGCUGUGCUGAAAUGGAUUUUGGCCAAAGCUGUCCAUUUCUUAUGUGGGCCCUCCAGUUUUGCUGUGAUAUUACAUUUUGGAAUUGUUUUCUUGGAGAAUUCUCAUUGUGUGGUUCUUCUGAGUUUUUGGGUGAAAAAAGAGUCUGACAAGAUGUGGAAUCUCUACGGAAUCAAUAAAAUACAAGCAGUUGGCCUGCUCAUGCUUCCAGUCCUUCAGGCUGUUGUGGUAGCGCAUGGUGAUCAAUAUGUUAGCCAAGAUUUCAACUUCUUUGCUGGAGACUGGUCUGCUAUCUAUAAUACGGGAGGAUGUUUAACUGAUGGAGAAAUUAGUGCCUCACCUGUCGAAAUUGAGAUCAAUGUGCUGAGUUCAAGUCUUACGCUAGUUUCUUCUCCUUUGAGGCGGUACCGUUGA